AGAGAGCUGCAGCUGAACUGCUGAUGUCAGUAGCUUUGGUUCACUGCUGCAUUCUCAUGGUGCAGGGCGGACCGCUCUCAGCCUCCUCACCUCAGCUCCAUCCGCUCUCUCACUCACACAUGCAAACUGCCCCGACAACAUCACCAUGCGAUCUGUUAUUACACGCUACGCUGUGAUCGCGUCCACCGUGCUGCUGUGCUUACUGCCGUCGGGACACACGGGCAAAAAGGCAGUGAAGUGCCCUCCAUCCUGCAGCUGCUCCAAGGAGUCCAUCAUCUGCGUCGGCUCUACAUAUGUUCCGCGGAUCACACCGAGCGAUGUCAGCUCACUGAGCAUUGUGAAUGGGACCUUCUCUGAGGUCAGGGAGGCCAUGUUCGCACACCUGCCAUCUCUCCAGCUGCUAUUACUUAAUUCAAAUUCUCUUACCACAAUUAAAGACGAUGCAUUCUCUGGUCUACCACACCUUGAAUAUUUGUUUAUUGAAAACAAUAAGAUUGAGACCACAUCAAAAUAUUCCUUUAGAGGACUCAGGGACCUGACCCAUCUGUCUUUGGCGAACAACAACAUCAAAGCCUUGCCAAGAGAUCUCUUCAGUGAUCUGGAGUCGCUAAUAGAGCUAGACCUGAGGGGCAAUGCGUUCGAGUGUGACUGCCGUGCUAAAUGGCUGAUGAUGUGGCUGAAGAGCACCAACGCUUCAGUGUCAGAUAUCCUGUGUGCCGGCCCAGAGGAGAUGAAGGGCAAGAGGCUCAAUGACAUGACAAGCCUCCAUGAUGAGUGCAUCUCUACAGAUUUCAUUCCACUUCAGUCUGUGACCACUGAGUCUCUUUCUGUGGACACGUUCUCCCACAAGAAUGAUGUGUACGUGACCAUCGCUGCCCCUAAUAUAGAGAGCUGCAUGGUGCUUCAGUGGGACCACAUCGAAAUGAACUUCAGGAGUUAUGACAACAUUACAGGUCAGUCUAUUGUUGGUUGCAAGUCAGUGAUCAUCCAAAACCUGGUAUUUAUGAUUGUUGCCCAGCUGUUUGGCGGUUCUCACAUCUAUAAGUUUGAUGAAGAUCAAAGCAAAUUCACCAAAUAUCAAGACAUUGAAGUCUCCAAGAUCUCCAAGCCCAAUGACAUAGAGACCUUCCAAAUUGGGGACGAAUGGUUCUUUAUCAUUGCUGACAGCUCUAAGGCUGGUCUUUCAACCCUCUAUAAGUGGAACGACAAAGGCUUCUACUCCUAUCAAUCACUGCACGAGUGGUUCCGUGAUACUGAUGCAGAGUUUGUGAACCUGGAUGGCAAGGCUCACCUCAUUCUGGCUAGUCGUUCCCAAGUUCCAGUCAUCUACCAGUGGAGCAAGGGUGCACAGAAGUUUGUGUUGCAGGGUGAAAUUCCCAACAUGGAGGAUGUAGUGGCUGUCAAAGCAUUCUGGAUAAAAGAGGACCUGUAUCUGGCUAUGACGCGAUAUAUUGGUGACUCCAAAGUCCUACACUGGACUGCCAAGCAUUUCUCUGAGAUUCAGGCCCUUCCUUCAAGAGGUUCCAUGAUCCUUCAGCCGUUUUCCUUUAAAGAUCGUUAUUAUCUGGCUUUAGGUAGUGACUACACGUUCUCACAGGUCUACCAUUGGAAUGCAGAGGACAAGGUCUUUGAGCGCUUCAAGGAGGUCUACAUUCAGGCCCCACGCUCUUUUACCGUGGUCUCCACAUACCGCAGGGACUUCAUCUUCGCUUCUAGCUUCAAGGGAAGCACGCAGAUAUUUGAGCACAUCAUUAUUGAUCUGAGCCUUUGAGGUCUUAUAGACAACGUGUACAAAAUGUUGAAUGGAAGCAUUUCAGCAUCCUACAAUGUCUUCCAUUUAAAAUUGGAUAUUUUCCAACGAAGGGGUAAAAAUGAUGGCUGUGAGUUCAGAAUAAUUUGUAGUUUGUGGUUUUAUCAGGUAUGUAAUGUAAAUUCAUUUGCAUGGUAAUUCAUGCAUUUGUAUGAGUUUUUCCUCUGUUUCUUUGCAAUUCAGCCUUUAGUCAUUUUUGUACAUCUUUAUAACAGAGAUGUUUCAACCCAACUGAAAAAAUAAGGAUAUUCAUGGAGCUUAGAUAGCUCUGAGCAGAGCUACUUCAUUCUAGUCAAGUCAUUUGCAUAUCAUGACACUAACAGUAUCUUUAAGGACUUUACAUUUCUCCAGCAAUCAUGCUGCGGCACCUGCAUGAUACUGUUGCAAAGAUGAUUUCAAUCCAGGCAUGCUGAAAAAUACAGAUAUUAAAAGAAAAACAGGUGACAAAGUCUGUAAUAUUAAAUACCCCAGUGUCUGUCACAGUUGACACUUAAUUUAUGUAUUCUUGAAUCAUUUUUAAAAACACACAUUAUUUUGCUGAAUAUAGGACCUGAUUAUUCAAAACCAGUUACGUACUAUUACAUGCUAAAUGCUGAAAAGUAUAUGUAAAUAUACAUAGUCAGCUAAAACUCAAAUUAUAUUUGGUACAACAUAGAUCCUGUUUUGCAAUUGUAUGAGUUUCAGAGCAAAUUCGUUUUACUUUGUAAAUGAAAAAAAGAAAAACACAAAGAAAUAUCUGAGACUUUUAUAUAGUAAAUCUAAACCCAUUUUCUGUUCCAUUUAUCAUUACAAAUCCCUACAUUUCAACAUUGGCCAGUAUUUUUUCAAGACUCAAUUACACUCUCAGCACGCUGUCAUAAUCUGUUUUAUGGCAAAAUAUUAGUGGACUAGAGGUAUACAAAAGGUCUCCAAUUAUUUGAACUCUCCCUGGCUAUUUUAAUAAGUUUAGUGUAAGAUAGAUGCUAUAGAAAGAGAGAGAGUGAGGAUCUAGGGCAACAGCUUUUAAUAACUCAUUUAAUUAACACUUCAAAUCUUAUAGCCAUCUAGGAGAAAAAAAAAUUAUAACCACGUAACCAUAUUUUUGUCCAGGUGUUGGAACUGGCUCACUCAAGCCAGUCAAAAGCCACUGCAUAUUAAGUCCUCUGUAUGAGCAUUAGGUGCUCUGUAUGAGGUGAAUGUUCAUUGGAUUUGCACAAAUUUUGCUCUCUGUGGUUUCCUUCAACUCCAUAGCUCAGAUUUGGACUGAUCACACUUUUAGUAGAGAGUUGGCACCAAAUGAAUGAAUUAAUUACGUUUUAAAAAUCCACAUUUCCAUUAAAAAAACAAACAAAAAAAACCUACUGUCCUUUAUCCAUAGUCUUUCAGUUUAACAAUUGUAGUGCCAAGUUUAUCCCUUAGAGGACGGUGUUCAUGCUUUUCCUAUUAAUAAUAAUUCUCACAAUGACAGUUUUGACUGUAGUUAUUUUAGAUAAUGAAUGUUAGAAUAUGAUUAACCCUUUUAUUAUGUAAUUACACAUGAAGUUAUCUCAAUGUGAUAUGUCUGAUACCAUAAGUACUUGUCUUCCUCCAGACUUUUGAAUGUCUUUUACAUGGUUACUGCUCACGUUAUGAUCGUUAUGAUUACUAAUGUAGUUUCUGAACUGAGAGACUUACUGUAAUAGCAGUGUAAUAAUUUUGCUUAAACACAAAAUAAAACACCAACAAGAUUACAGGGAAAAUCUUAAAAGCACAAAGUUUUAAUGGUGUUUACUUUCUAAAUACGUGUUGAGCUUUCUCUUGUAAACUUCUUGUCAUACUAUUCUGCCUUUUGGAUUUUAAUUGAUCAAUGUAGAUUAUGUCAGUUGUUUACUUUUGAGUUAUUUAUGUAAAAAUACUAAAUGUCAAACAUACUCAGAAAAUGAGUGCUUCAAAUCAAAAUCAUUUUAGCUGCCUACAAAAGUGGAUUGUAAACACUGACAACCCAUAAAAUAUUGCAGAUUGUAAAAGCAUGCUUUUCAGAUCUGAAUGUACAACGCAUUCAAUCUUAUGAUGCAAAAAAAAAAACCCACAAAAAACUCUGUAUCAAGUAGAAGACUUGAUCGUUUCAUAGUUCCAUUUUAACACAGAAUAAAGAUGCUACAUUAAUUUUUAAAAAUCUAUACAUUUGUUGUACAUUUUCCCAUGCCAUUUAUUUUUAUGCUAAUUUCUGGAACAUGAACUUUGUGUUUGAAUGUUAUGUAAAGUUUUGAGUACUACUAAAAUAUCAA